CACAAAAGUAUUCAAACUUCAGUCCGCGGUCCCCGACUGAGCUCCUCGGACACCGUUUCACAAAUCCUCACAAACAGGAUUGAUUUAGGAUUAACACUCAAACGCACUGGUUUUGUCAGAAAAAACACCGCGUUUAAAACCAAUUGUUUUUAUUUAGAGAGAGGCAAAUUUUUAACUAGAGCUUAUUUUUAUAUUUAUCGUCUUAACGCUUUGUUCUACGAUACCAUAUACAGUCAUCUAGGCGCUAUUUUUAAGUGCCCUUGGCAAGCGCGUGCCCGGCUACUUCAGCGACUGCCUCAGUGAACUUUUUAGUUACAAGCGGAGCCUGUGCCAACUAAUGGUGUGCGUGUUUGCCUAUUGUUUUUUUAAAAGCUUCACGUCUUAACAUAGCCAUGAACUAGGUAUAGAAGAAGAAUUGUGUUUAAACCUGCUGUUUUUAUUCGAACAUCUUUUCAAAGUGAAUAAAAUAAAAACAAGGGCGACUACAGCUGGACAAAGCUGACGUGCUAUUAUUUCUGCACUUUGAUUAUUUGGUUUCUGAGAGUCGUGUGUUGAUCCGGGUUUUAAGGAUGGCUGUUCACAACGCCGUAUCGAGAAUUUCGGAAAAGCUGCUGUUCUUUAUGUUUUUGGUUCUGGUUCGUUCAGUUUUGUGCCAUGCUUUUGCUGAAGAGUUCACCUCAGGAUCUGUUAUUCUGGAGCCUCUGGACGCAUUGAGAAGAUACGUGGAGUCCAUUGUUGGCACACAUGCAAUUAAGAUGUGUCUUGAGAAUGCUGUCUUGUACCUUGACUCAGUGUUUGGCCCAGAGAACAUCUAUUCCUUUGCUAUGUUUGUCGAAAUGGUGCUGCAGUUUGUAGCAGAAGGAGCCGCCAGUGGACUGAAUGUCAUUGCUGUGUAUGUGUCUGAGAUCCUCCGAGCUACUGGAGCGAAUGAGAUAGUAUCGAUCCCUCAUUUCACCGCUGAGGGUGUAUCUGCGGUGACCAAGUGGGCUCUGCUGGCUCUGCUUGGCUACUAUCUGCUGUACUUCCUGCUGCGGAUCACCGUGGGCCUCGUAAGGCGAGUGUUUUGGCUUGUCAAGCCAGUCGUGGUAGCGUGGGUGUUUGUGCGGAUCGUCAGUGACCCCAUCGCCUCACCUGAAGUCACCACAAUGAGACUGAUUCUGCUGGUGCUCAUCUGCGCCGUGUUCGCAGUCGCAACGAGCAGCGGUGGAGGCAGAAACGGGAGCCUAGAGAGCCGAAUCAGCAAACUGGAGGGACAAGUCAAUGGGACGGAAAAGAAAACAAGGCAGUGACGAGCAGCUCAUAUCAAGUAGGCUAUAUAUAUAUAUAUAUAUAUAUAUAUAUAUAUAUAUAUAUAUAUAUAUAUAUAUUUAUAUAUAUGGACUCACAAUAACAGAAAGAUGAGGACUCAGGGAUGACAUGCUAAGCGUUUGAUGCAACUCUGAACAGCCUUAAGAGAAUUUCUGUCUGAUUUCGACCAGUUCUCUCCUGCUUUGAGUGUAUUUGAUAUCUCAUAUUUUGUUUUUACUAAAUGUCAAGUAUGAAAACGAAACCUCAUCUGACAGCUCUGUGAAUGUCAUGUGGUACAAUUAAAGUUAUCCUUGAGUGUU